AUGGAAGGUCUGCUAAAAGAAUUUCCACUUCUGAAGAAAGAUCGAAUGGCACUAAUAGUGGCUAAAGACUUUAUUCUAUCAGGCGCCAUGAUUAUGGGAAAGCAGAAUAUGGAGGAAGCCUUUCUUCACGAUCAUCCGAUAUUAGUAGAAGUAAUACAUUAUUGGUUACGAGGCGUUAGUGUACCACCCAGGAUGUCGCAUUCUGGCUCAAGCGCUUCGAUAUCAGAUAAUCCAACACCAGCUUCCGGACAAAGUGGUUAUGCACCCAUUGUAACUCCAGAAAUGUUGCAAGAGGCAGUUGCUCAGGCAAUAAGAAAUGUAGGAGGAAACAGAACCAGUCAGGGGUUCUCAUCGUCUUCGACAUCAUCGUCUCGAAACUCUCACUAUUUCCCCGGUACACUUUCAGCAUCUAGUUCUACACAAUUUACUUCGCAAAUGGCCCAGUUGGCUGAUUUUGGUUUCACAAACACGGAAGAAAAUAGGCGAAUUCUUGAAGAAACUGGUGGGAAUGUCCAACAGGCUCUAGAAUUAUUGAUUGCUUUACGAGAAUCAGUUAUGGAUUUAGAAGAUGUGUCAGAUAGUUGA